UUGGUUAUUUGAUUGAUACUAUUAUUUGCCAUUUUCAAUUAAUUUUUUUUAAAAAAUAAUGAAUAUAUCAUGAAUUUUUUUAAUUAAUUUCAUGUUGAAAUGUAUACAUGAGAGAAAGAAACAGAACAGUUUCAUUUGUGUAAAAGCUUUUUGAGAGGUUAUACUUCAAACUGAGAAAUUAUGGAACCAGAAUUAACGAAGCUAGGCAGCUCAAUCCCGGUUCCUUCCAUUCAAGAGGUGGCAAAGGAGGCCCUCGGCAGAGUUCCACUACGAUAUCAGCGACCUGAUCAAGACCCUCCAUUUACAUCCAUUGACACAGCUUGUUCACCAAAAGUCCCGGUCAUCGACAUGCUCAUGUUGCUUUCUGGAGAUUCGAUGGAUGUUGAACUAGAAAAGUUGCACGAUGCAUGCAAAGAAUGGGGUUUCUUGCAGUUGAUAAAUCAUGGAGUGAGCAGUUCAUUGGUGGAGAAAGUGAAGAAGGGAAUCCAAGGUUUGUUCAACCUCCCCAUGGAAGAGAAGAAGAAGCUUUGGCAGCGUCCAGGGGAUCUGGAGGGAUUCGGACAGGCUUUUGUUGUGUCUGAGGAACAGAAGCUUGAUUGGGCAGACAUGUUCUUCAUGACUGCACUUCCAACUCAUCUCAGGAAACCUCACCUCUUCUCCAACCUUCCUCUUCCAUUCAGAAAGGAUAUUGAAGCUUACUCGGCAGAACUGAGAAACAUUGCCUUGAAAAUACUGGCCUUCCAGGUAAAAGCGUUGGGAAUAGAUUCUGAUGAUGUUAGGAUUUUUGAAGGAGGUUGGCAAGCAAUGAGGAUGAACUGCUAUCCCCCUUGUCCAGAGCCAGAGCUGGCCAUUGGGCUAAGCCCUCACUCGGAUGCUGUUGGCAUCACCAUUCUUCUUCAAAUCAAUGAAAUGGAAGGCCUUCAGAUAAGGAAAGAUGGUGCUUGGGUUCCUAUUAAACCCAUGCCUGAUGCUUUUAUUGUUAAUGUGGGGGAUAUCAUGGAGAUAGUGACGAAUGGGAUUUACCGUAGCAUUGAGCAUCGUGCAACUGUUAACUCAGAGAAAGAGAGGCUGUCCAUCGCCACAUUUUACUGUCCGAAACUGGAUGGAGAAAUGGGUCCAGCUCCAAGCCUUAUCACUCCUGAAACUCCGCCAAAUUUCAAAAGAAUUGUUGUGGCAGACUACUUCAAGGAGCUUUUUAAACGUCGGCUCGAUGGAAAAUCAUUCCUUGAUGUCAUGAGAAUCGCAAAGGACCAAAAUAGUUAGGAAUUCCAAAAACAUGUCAAUUAAUGUGGAGUGUAGCUUUGUGCUUGGUGGUGUAAAGUGUAGUGUCGUGUGGUGUGGUGUGGAAGUGACAUGUGAAGUAAAAGGGUGAGUGGGGUGAACAAGUGAGAAGUGAUAUAGAAAAGAAACAAGGUGUUUUAUGAGUAUAGAGAAAUUAGUGUGUGAAUGCAUAAUCAUUUAAGAAAAUUAUUAUAUAAGAGUGUGUUUAUGAUAAAAUUUUCUGAUAGCAAUUGUAUUUG